AUGAGUAAAUGUUCAUUAAGCUCCUCAAAGAAAACAAAUCGAAUGAGAAAUUUCCAUUUUCGAUAUCAAGAAUUAUGUAGAUCAAAAAAUUAUGCACCAAUUCCGGAAGUCACUAUGAAAAGUCCAUCGUUAUUAGAUUUUUUUGGAGAUCGAAUUCAUAUUGAAGACUGGCUAUUAAUAAUAAAAUCAUUGGUUUAUGAUCAAUCAUUACAAAAUAUAACAUUAAAGUUACGAAAAAAUCCCGGCCAUGUUUUGGAAAAUCUUAAUACAAUUAAAAAGGCAAGAAUGUUAAAAAAGCAACCAGUAAUAUGGACAAGAUUUAUAUUUUGUAAUUUAAUUAAUGCCGUUUCAAAUAAUAUUGAGCAUAAUCAAAAUUUAACAAUAUUGAAAUUGGAAGGUUUACCUAUAGAUUACGAGUACCUUAUGUUAAUUGCUAAGGCGGUAUCUAAAAAUGAAAAUUUGCAAAUUUUAAGUUUUAAUCGUUCCUCCAUUAAUGAUCAAGGUUGUGAUAUAAUCUGUAAUGCUGUUAAAUAUCGCCGAAAUAUUGAAUUUCUUAGUAUGUCUCAAUGUCAAUUAACAGGAUCAUCAGGGAAUCAUAUUGCUAACAUGAUUAGAUUACAGAAAAUUUAUCGUUAUUCAGAUAGUUGGCAGAAUGCUCUACGUUAUAAUAAUGUAGAUCCAGAAAGUAUACCCGGUUUACGUUCAAUUAUUAUAUCACAAAAUAAUAUUGGAGACAACGGAAUUGAAGCAAUUACUGAAAUUUUGAAAGAUGAUGCUUUCAUAAAGGAAAUCGAUGUAUCAGAAUGUGGUUUGACUGAUGCUGGUGCUAAAUUUAUAAUUGAUUGUUUAAAACUUAAUAAAACAUUAACUGAAUUCCGUAUUAAGAGAAAUAAUGAAAUUAGUAAAGCACUUCUUCAAACAAUUUAUGCUCAAUUAGAAAACCUUUAUGAAAAAAUUAAAUAUUAUGAACGUAAGUUGAGUGAAGAUCCACAACCACCUGAAGGCUACACGCUAAUAAAAACUGAUGAACUGGAAUCAAUUAUAAAAGAACGUGACGAAUACAAGAAUAAAGCUAUUUCAAAACUUAACAGCAGAAAAGUUUUCUAUUUGAAGAAAAUGCGUAAAGCUCUUAGUGAAACAAAAUACAAAGAAACAUUACGAUUUCCUAAAACAUCGAAUAAUUCCCAUUCGCACCAUAUUCUUGAAAGCCACAAAAUAAAACGUACUCCUCCUCUAUACAAUAAUUUAGUAGGAGGAGGAAUUGAAAAGUCAAUGGGCGAUACCGUGCAAACUCCGGUUAGCUAUCAAAAAAAUCAACUGAGCAAGCAAUCAGAGGAACAAAAUUUAUUCAAAAUUUUCAAUGAUAUGAGUGGUGGUGAUAAUAAUGAUAAUAAUUACAAUCAUCAACAAUCAAAAAAUGCACCACCCUUUAGUGGAAUUGAUGAAGCCAAGAGCGUUAAAAUGAAACGACCGAAUUAA